AGCCACUAUAAAAACCCCGCGAUCGUCUUCUUCGUCCUACUCUCUCUCUCUCUCUCUCUCUCUCUCUCCGAGCUCAUCAAUGGCGACUCUGACGAUUCCCGAGGCGAUCCCCUCCCCCGCCGACGAUUGUGAGCAGCUGCGGAAGGCGUUUCAUGGUUGGGGCACGAACGAAAAGCUGAUCAUCUCGAUCCUCGCCCACCGCAACGCCGCCCAGCGCCGCGCGAUCCGCGAGGCCUACGCUGCGACCUACGGCGAGGAUCUCCUCAAAUCCCUCGACAAAGAGACCACCGGAGACUUCGAGAGGUUGGUGCUGCUGUGGACGCUGGAUCCACCGGAGAGGGACGCGUGGCUUGCGAACGAGGCGAUAAGGAAGUGGCGUCCGGGAAACCGCGUUCUGAUCGAGAUCGCGUGCGCGAGGUCGUCCGGGGAGCUCUUCGCCGCGCGGCAAGCGUACCACGCGCGUUACAAGCGAUCGCUCGAGGAGGAUGUAGCAGUGCACACCACUGGGGACUUUCGUAAGCUUUUGGUGCCACUUGUAAGCUCAUACCGCUAUGAGGGGCCGGAGGUGAACGCAACAUUGGCGAAAUCAGAGGCCAAGAUGCUGCACGAAAAGAUCUCUGAGAAGGCUCACAACGAUGAGGAUGUCAUUAGGAUCCUCACCACCAGGAGCAAAGUUCAGCUAAUUGCAACACUGAAUCACUAUAACAAUGAAUUUGGCAAUCCAGUUAACAAGGAUCUGAAAUCUGAUCCCAACGACGAGUUCCUUACUGCGCUGAGGGCCACAAUCAAAUGCAUCUGCUGCCCAGAGAAGUACUUUGAGAAGGUCAUUAGGCUGGCGAUCAACAAGAUGGGGACGGACGAACACGCCCUCUCUCGAGUGAUAGCUACCCGGGCAGAGGUGGACCUGAAAGUGAUAAACGAGGCCUACUACAAGAGAAACAGUGUGCCUUUGGACCGCGCCAUCGCGAAGGACACUCGUGGAGACUACGAGAGGAUGCUUCUCGCCCUCUUAGGGCAGGAGGAUGCUUGAGUUUUGUCAUAUACUGCCGAGGUGGAUUAUGCAGAAUAAAGUUGUGGCGCCGAGUCGAGUGGUGGUGAGUGAAGCUUGUUGUGUAUGUUUGCAAAUAAGCAAAACUGUAUUUGCUAUGUCUUUUGUUGUGUUUGGCCGCAGUUUCGCGAUGUGUUAAAUAUUGUGGGUUUUUUGUUUCCCUCUUUAUGUAAUCGGCACUCUUCUUUGUGUUUGUUAUGCUUAUUCUCUAUCUGAUUUCAAAACCUUGAACCGCCUA